CUGAACAUCCCCAGCACUGUCUUCAUGUCGCUGAGCUGUUAUAAGCAGUAUAGUCUACUGAACUACUCUUCUUGCUGCCACUGUGCUUGAUUUUCGUGAAGUGGACUCUACAGCGGAUUUUGGUGUGAAUACAGCAAUGUUCUCAGUCAGAGCUUUGAAAUAUAGAAGAAAUGUCACGUUUCUCUGGAAGCGAACAAACGCUAAAAACAUGACUAGGAAACUCAAUAUAAGCGGCAUCUAUCCACCAAUAGCCACCCCAUUUACAGAGAGAGAAGAAGUGGACUAUCAGAAACUGGAUGAAAACCUUCAGAAAUAUUCAAAACUUCCAUUCAAAGGCUUGGUGGUACAAGGUUCUAAUGGAGAAUACCCAUACCUGACAGUCAACGAACGUCUGGAAGUGGUCAAGAGGGUCAGAGACAUUCUUCCCAAUAGCAAGCUGCUAAUAGCUGGAUCUGGCUGCGAGUCCACAAAAGCCACAGUGCAAAUGACAGGAGGGAUGGCCCAUGCUGGAGCUGAUGCAGUGCUGGUAGUGACACCCUGUUUCUAUCGUGGAAGGAUGAACAGCAAAGCACUUAUUCACCAUUAUACUAAGGUGGCGGAUGCAAGUCCUGUUCCAGUGGUUCUGUACAGUGUUCCAGCCAAUACAGGGUUAGAGCUGCCUGUGGAUGCAAUCGUUUGCCUGUCUCAGCAUCCAAACAUUGUGGGACUUAAAGACAGUGGUGGAGAUAUCACAAGAAUUGGUCUCAUCAUUCACAAAACCAGAUUGGAGGACUUCCAGGUUUUGGCAGGUUCUGCAGGAUUCUUAAUGGCUGCAUAUGCUGUCGGGGCAGUUGGGGGUGUGUGUGCCUUAGCCAAUGUAUUGGGAGAGGAGGUGUGUGAACUGGAGAGACUUUGUAUGCUGGGCGAUUGGGAGAAGGCCAGGGAGCUGCAGCACCGCCUCAUAGAGCCAAACACAGCAGUGACCAGAAAGUAUGGAGUGGCAGCCCUUAAGCAAGCAAUGGAAUGGUUUGGUUUCCAUGGUGGUGCAACCCGUUCACCUUUGCAACCACUCUCGCAAACAGAGUUGCAACAACUCCAUGUGGAUUUCUCCUCCAAUGGUUGGCUGUGACUAGACAGAUAUAUUCCGGUUUCAGUUGCUGACAAAGAUUCUAGGGUGCUUUAUGCAAGAUAGGUAGAUAGAUAUUAUAACCAAAGAUAAUAGAGCAAAAUGCUCUAGAAUCUUUGAUGAGAACGCAGUAAUCAGUAACCAGUAACCAGUCACCUGGAUGCUAGUAUUUAUCAUGUACACAGGGAUAAUAAUAACCAAUGUCCAUGUAAAUACCAUCAUAUCCUGAAUAUGAUCAAAACCAGCAUAAGCCUAAUUACUGGGAUACUCAGGUCUAUAUAAACACAGUCAUUGUGACCAUGUUUACAUGUCAAGUGUGACCAAGCAGCAAACUGAUUAUCUAAGCUCUUUAAAAAUCUUCUGAAAAA